AUGGCGGCUCUCGAAUCCGGUACGGACGUGCACGACGACGACGCCAGCAGCGACCAUGUGCCGAAAGUCGAGUGCACGUACGGGCACGAAUCCUACAGCGUAGCCUCGCCCCUCGAAACUUUGGCCAGCCGAGGACCAGCCGCCAUCAAGGGUCCCGUUGCCUCCUCGCCGCCUCUGCCGACCGUCGAAGGGGCCUUUGCCAGCCUUGGCCGCCCAUCGUUCCAAGCCGGCGGCUCGCCCGGCUCGGAUGCCGUCGACUCUACCGUCGGACCGGUCUUCUUCCCAAACCAUACCUUUCCAGCCACGCCGUCGGCGGUCCACAGACACCUGGACCGCCCGAUGGCCAGCCAGUGCACCCCCCCGAUGACGAGCCAGAGCGACGGGAGUCCGGAUUGGACCCUCGACAGCGUUGCCGCGCGCCUGAGCGGCUUUGCCCAGGAUGUCAAGGACGGCCACGCCGAAUUGACAACAUGCAUCCUGGAGUCGGUGACGGUGGUGGACCGCCGCGUCCAUCGUGGCAAGGACCUCUUUGCCGGCCUCAAGCUGGAGCCGGCGUCUCCGACCAAGGGCGAGACGAUGAGGAUCAAGUCCAAGCAACACUUGAGAGCGAGAAAGGACAGCAAGGAAGAGCACUACGACAUUGUGUGCACCAAAACGAACAAGGACCGCGUCCCUCGAUACCGCUUCCACCAAGUCGCCAUCAAGAAGAACAUCCUGACGCCCAACACGAUGCUCACAUUCGUCCCUCAUCUGCGAGACCUCGAGACCUCGGAGGAGAGCAAGUACAACAUAUGGCUCGAGGAGCUCGAGGACAUCGAUCUCAAGUCCGGCUUCAAGCCCAUGAACCGGGAGGCAAAGCAGGCCCUCACCUACCACCUCGAGCGCGCGGCGACCAUGUCUCUCUACCUCGACGCUUGGCUCCGCGCCCUCGCCAUUCCGGCCUGCAACAAGUCGGCCCUCAUCAGCUACAUGGCCAGCUGCGAGCCGGACGACACCAUCACGCCGCAGCAGAAGACGUCGAUCCUGCGAUCCCACCACACGAGCGACAACGCCACGCCGGAAACCAACCGGGCAGCCCAGCUGUUUACAAACGCCUUUCGGCUCGUCUUCACGGACCGUUUGCCGGUCGAGAAACAGGUGGACCUGCGCAAGGUCCUUCUCCUCGACGAGUCGGUCGACGGCAUCAUGGACUCCAAGCCCACGGCCAAGGAUGGCGCCGCCACGCAGACCGACGUCGACGAUGCCGCCAUGAACGAGUACGAGCUCGCCGAGUCCAACCUCGCCACCUAUUGCAUCCUCGGAUGCCUCAUAUGCUUCAGCCACUCGUGCGACCACGGCGAGUACGACAACAAGAACCUGAAGCGCACCUUUUCCAUCUCGUCGUGCUCUCACCUCUCCGACGCGCUGAGACGACGUCGCCGUCGCCUCGGUCCCGAUCAUCGCGACGCCCAGGCAUCGCUCGCCGCCUGCCAACGCCACUGCCACCGCCUUGGCGGCGCACCGUGCACCUGUACGCGCAACCGCGACUGGUCCGAGGACGAGAGGGUCCUCCUCCGAUGCAUGCACGCGACGGCCGUGCACCGCGACCCCAUCUGUCUCGCGGCCGACUUUCUCGAUCGCUGCUGUCACCACGUGCUGCGGGAGGCUCUGUCACUGCAGAUUGUCGUCGACUCUUCGGAGCCCACGUCGGCGGAGCCUGCGCGAGCGAAGAAGAGCCUGUCGUGGUACGACCGCCGGAAGAAGGUGCUCAUCGGCGACUGGCAGGAUCACACCGUCAGUCACCAACACCAGCGGCGCGAAACGCUCGAGCCCUGCUCCCACGAGGGGCCCUGUCGCCCCCGUGCCUGCUCUUGCGUCGAUGCCGGGCUUCUGUGCGAGAAGUUCUGCAGCUGCACCGUCGACGAUUGCGAGUACAAGUUUACCGGCUGCGCGUGCCAUGCCUCGGGCAAGACCUGCCAGCCGAGGCAGAAGGACAAGCCCUGCAUCUGCGUCCAGCUGAACCGCGAGUGCGAUCCUCAGCUCUGCGGCUCCUGCGGAGCCCUCGAGCGGGCCGAUCCGGUCCACGCGACCGACGAGCCGCUUCACGCGACGGGGUGCCAGAAUUGCGACCUGCAGCGAGGCGCCGGCAAGUCGCUCGUCCUCGGCCAGAGCCAGCUCGAAGGCUGCGGCUACGGCCUGUUCACGGCCGAAGACAUUGCCCAGGACGACUUCAUCAUCGAGUACGUCGGGGAGCUGAUCACGCACGACGAAGGCGUCCGUCGAGAGGCGCGGCGCGGCGACGUGUUUGACGAGCAAUCCAACAUUUCGUACGUCUUCACCCUGCUCGAGAACGAGGGCAUCUGGGUCGACGCGGCCAUCUACGGCAACCUCAGCCGCUACAUCAACCACGCGUCGGAGAAUGACAGGUGGGGAUGCAACAUCACGCCGCGCAUUCUCCACGUCAACGGGGAGUACAGGAUCAAAUUCACCGCCAUGAGGGAUAUCCGAGCCGGCGAGGAGCUCUUCUUCAACUACGGAGAGAACUUCCCCAACCUGACCAAGAAGCUGCUCGAUCACAAGGCGGGCACCCACGCCAGGGUGGCCAAGGUCAAGGGCGUGCGUUCCCGAGGCAUGGAGCCCGGGGAUCAAGUGGCCAGAAAGGCGCCCAAGCAGGAAAAGAGGAGGGGGCCCGGAAGGCCUAGGGUGCGGAAAGCGGACGAGGUCGGGCCGAAUUUCGACUCGGUCGAGGCGCCGAACAAAUCGCGCAAACGGAAGCGACAGGCGCCGACGGGCCGGGCCGAGGAGGGCCAUGGGAUGCCCGCGCCCGUGCCAACGCCCGCCACCGAUUCCGCGCUCGAGCGUCGGCAUCCUGAUGCGGGUUCCCUCACUCGCCUGCGCCAACGAGCCCGGGGGCUCUCCGUCGUCGAUGGACCCGACGCCGAGUCACCGACAAAGGCCAUGGUGAAGCCGAAGAAGGGCAAACGGGGCGGGGCACGACCUGGCAGCGGACGACCUAGGAAGCAUCCCCGCCCUGUCCCCAAACCCGCCCAGGUUCCGGAGGUCGCCCCGCAGGAGGUUGCCGAACCGGCGACGGCAGAAGCGGCCACGCUGCUGGGGAGGAAGACGCUCGGUGCGGAUGGGACAAGAUUCGACGACGUGAUGGAGGUUGCAGACAGCGACGAUGCACCAUCGUGGGACCCCCGCCAAAUCCCUACGCCUCACGAGGUGGGCGGCGGCGGCGGACAGGAACCAGCGGAGGAGGAAGACGAGGACCAGGACGUGGUCAUACGGAAGAGGGACGAACGGAACGUUCGGUCGCGGCGGCCUCCGGCAAAGUUCAGGGAAGACGACACGAUAUGGAGCUGA